AUGCCUCGCAAUGCCUCAUUAACAUAUGUGACAUGUGCUUGUGCGAAAGUAAAGCACGUUAGCUGGGAUGUUAUUGUUAAAAAUACCUCGCCUGAAAAAUAUACGAGGUGCUUUAAAAUAAUAUUUACCCUCACCGGCGACCCAAAGCCCUCCGCCAGACUCCACCGUCACCGCAACGGGGAGUCCACCUUCCCCGCCGUGCCGCUGCUGCCUGCGCGGUGGCCCGUGUCUUUUCCACCACCAAAUUACAGUAGUAUCAAGGCAUGUAGGGCUGCAGCAUUGAAAUGUGAGCAGUACCAGUUGUUGGCCGGAGCUCGCCUUACACCAGAGUUUCAGCAGCAAAUGCAGAACUAUCUAGAGAAUAUCAAAGUUUUGGAACACUAGUGUAAAGAAAUAGACCUUUUGCAUAACUCAACCUCAAAAGCUAGCUCCUUCCCUCUCUUGAAUUGCAAACACCUAUCGAGACUCCAAAGAACAUCGACUGCAUCCUCUCUUGGAUAGCAUAUUUUACCCGCGAAAGCCUACAGUGCCUUACAAUGAGCCAAUGCUCAAGUGUUUUCUCCAGCCAUUGUCCAACAACCUGGUUAUUUCAUUAAAUUAUGUGACACAUGCUUGCGCGAAAGAAUACCUACUAACAUUAGAUUCUCUUUUUGUUAACUUUGACAUGAUGCCAUUUAAUACUUGCCUGUAGUAUCGUUGUGAUAAUGACAAUGCUCUCAUUUUAUCAUUCUUAAAGUACUAUUGGAAAAAUAGCAGUGUCGCAGAGCUAAGAACUCUUGUUUGUAUCAUAGGAAAUGAAUGAAGAAGAGCCAAAGCUAAAGAGGUGAAAAUUAGUGAGGGAUUUGCUUUUA